GCAAUCUCUCUCAGCUUUAAUCACCACACCAACUAUCAUAUUGGUCUCUCUCUCUCUCUCUAUAUAUAUAUAUAACAUAACGCUGCCGGUGAGGCUGUGGUUGUGAGCACUUUAUAAUAUACAAAAGCUUUGCUGUUUAUUUGCGGUUGUGAGAGGAAAGAACAUGGCUGAGAGUGAUGUGAAAGUUUUGGGUUCAUGGUCAAGUCCAUUUAUGUUGAGGGCGAGAAUUGCCCUUCACCUCAAAUCUGUAAACUACGAGUAUAUUGAGGAAAAUUUAUUGGAAUCAAAAAGCGAGCUGCUUCUGAAAUCGAACCCUGUUUUCAAGAAAGUCCCGGUCCUCAUUCACGGUGAUAAGUCUAUCUGUGAGUCUCUAAUCAUUGUCCAAUAUAUCAAUGAGGUUUGGACAUCUGGCCCUUCCAUUCUUCCUUCUGAUGCUUAUGAACGUGCCAAUUCUCGAUUUUGGGCUGCCUAUAUUGACGACAAGUGGUUCCCUGCCUUGAGACGAGUGUUGGUUGCUGAAGCAGAGGAUACUAAAAAGGAAGCAAUAGCGCAAGUGGAAGAAGGGCUGGUGCUGUUGGAGGAAGCAUUCAGAAAGUUCAGCAAAGGGAAAGCUUUCUUUGGUGGGGAUAAUAUUGGGUACCUGGACAUUACAAUCGGUUGUUUCUUGGUCUGGAUUGAAGUCAUAGAGAAGUAUAAUGAGAUCAAACUGCUUACUGAAGCCAAGACUCCUUGCUUGCUCGAGUGGGUUGAUAGCUUCUCCUCUCAUGGGGCUGUGAAGGACGUUUUGCCCGAGGCUGACAAGCUCGCAGAAUUUGGUGUGAAGCUUAGAGCCAAGAUCUUGAAAGCUAGGGCUACUCCCAAUUGAUUGAUAGGCUGAUUCAAUCAAUUUAGUUGGAAGUGUCGUCCGUGCUUUUUCCUUCAUUGGUACUUUAUCCGAGUGCAUCUUGGAUCUCUGAGUUACGGUCAAUUAGAAAGUAAAAUAAUAAAGUAUAUUUAAAUUCUAUUUAGAUAAAUGAUGAUAGUAAUUGUGAUGAAAUUAAAAACAAUA